AUGUGGCUCUUCCGAGUCUUCUCGUCGGCCGUAUUCCUCACCGUUACGGUGUCGUCUAUACCCCUGGCUUUUGAUGUUGGUGGGAAGACCUGCGGUCUGGCCUUUUCGCUAUCCCUGGCCACGUUCUAUUUUCUGCUCUCGUUCUUACGCCUCAUCACACCCGAUCGCUCGUGGUUCCGCGCUUCGCUGGUGACUGUUAUCCGGUCCACGCAAUGGAUCCUAAUUCCGAUCCUGCUGAUCUGGUCUCUGAAUCGGUUUUCGGUCGAUGGCGACCAUAGCGGUGGCUGGGUGGAGCGCACCUUUAGUGGGAAGAGAGCACAGGACGGCUCGAUCCAGCAGUGGCUGUUCGGUCGCGAUGGUCUGGUGGAAUCAGUGACCCUGGGUAACUGGGAUCGUUUGCUGCGGUGGUCGACACCUGUUUUCCAACUGGCAGAGGGCUUCUGCAGUCUGCUAGUGAUUCAAGCCGCAGGCCAAAUCACUCGAUGGCUGGUAAAUCGUGGUGGUCGUAGCGACAGCUGGAUGAUCGGUCUCCUUGUCCUAUCCGCUACAGUGAUCUCCAGCUCGGUGUAUUUCCUCUGGCGUGUCCUUCAGUUCCCCGAGAUCUCCAACGUCGAUGCGGCUCUCAUCGGUGUUUCCGUGACCUGCGCUGUCAUCCUAUGCGCCUGGGGGAUUGGAAGUGGGCGUGGUAACCCGGUAGAAAGCUCUCUGCUGUUCGCCUACAUCGUCCUUUGCAUCUACCAAAUCUUCACCGAUUAUCAACCAUCGCGACCUGUGGAGCAGAUUCCGUCUCCCGCGCAAGUUAGCGACUUCCCUCCACUUCCACCGAUCAUUAUGGCCUCAUACUCCACUCUCCUGCACGCCCUGUCUCUUUUGCCUUCCAUAAUCCACGCCGCUUUCAAUGUGAUCACAGCUGUCUUCAGUGCAGUCACUCCGUCCGUCUUAAUUUCGCUUGCGUAUCGUCUCUGCGUAUUGUAUGCUUCGACCCGCAUCAUCCCCGCAGUUCGCGAAUCUGGAGCCCGUGCUUUGUCCCAGGAAGCGUCCCUUGAGGAUAGUGAUGCGGCCGGCCAAGUCCUGGGUUUCCUCAGCUACUUCUCCCCUACCAUCCUCAUCGCUGUUUACACAAGCCUCUUGAUGCAGCACUUCUCAUCUGCCUCACAAGCAAUGGGAGGAGUGGGCGAGUGGUGGAGACCCAGGGCGCCGGAGGAGGUAACCUCUGGCGAUGGAUCAAUCUCGCUUGCACCAUGGGGCUAUAUGCGAUUGAGCUUUGGCUGGGAGAGCAUGAUGAUCUUGAUAGUGGAUUGGCUGGGCAUUGGAAGACAGACUGAACAAAUUCCUAUGAAUAGGGAGUGA